AGCCCGACACCACCCCCUUAACAAAAACCAUAAUCACAGGCAUACCCAACUGCUGGUGAGGACAGGCAAAAAGUAACAGAUUGGUACACGAGCAGCAUGGCAAAUCAGGAUGUUGAGUUUGUGCGGACGGGCUAUGGGAAGAACAUGGUGAAGGUGCUACACAUCAGGCGAGAGGGGACGCACCACUACAUCAUAGAACUGAAGGCGGAUGUGCAGCUGACGCUGAAGACGCGCAAAGACUACACAAACGGGGACAAUGCUGACAUCAUUCCCACCGACACCAUCAAGAACACAGUCCACGCACUGGCUAAGAUGAAAGGCGUCAAGACAAUUGAACAGUUUGCUAUGGACAUCUGUGAACACUUUUUGACAGCCUUCAAACAUGUCACCAGGGCCAGGGUUAGCAUUGAGGAGGCACCAUGGAGAAGACUGGAAAAGAAUGGUGUUGAACAUGCCCAUGCAUUCAUCUUCAGCCCAGAAGCUUGGCACUUCUGUGACGUCGAGCAAUAUUUAAAUGAGAACCCUGUGAUCCACAGUGGUUUGAAAGACAUGAAGGUACUGAAGACCACACAGUCUGGAUUUGAGGGCUUCCUGAGGGAUAAGUUCACCACUCUACAGGACAGCAAGGACAGGUGCUUCUGUACCUCUGUGUACGCCAGGUGGCGCUACAACACAUACAAGGAUGUCCCCUUUGAUGAUGCAUGGAAGUCUGUGAGAGACACUAUUAUUGAGAAGUUUGCAGGCCCAUAUGACCGUGGUGAAUAUUCAGCCUCAGUCCAGAAGACCCUCUAUGACACACAGGUCCUUGUUUUGAACAGAGUGCCAGAGGUAGAGGAGAUUGAAAUAAUCAUGCCAAACCAGCAUUAUUUCACCAUAGACAUGACAAAACUGGGGCUCUCCAACAAGGAUGAGGUUCUCCUGCCACUGGAUAAUCCCUCUGGGAACAUCACGGGAACGCUGCGGAGGAAACCGCGGGCCAAACUGUGAGACAAUGAGGAAACACAGCUUGGCGCAAAGGCAGACAACAAUGUGACACAAAGCGGUUGCAAAGAAUUUAAUCACCAGCAAAAAUGUACACCUAGCAACACUCUGACCAAAAUGUAGAACAGAAGAAUGAGUUUAAACACUGAAGUAAAAUGUUAACUGGGAAUUAAUGUAGUGUUCUCUCAGUUACAACCCAUAUUUACUGUACUGCAAAUUAAGUUCAAUAAAUAAAUUGUGAGGA